AUGAUUAUUCGUUCAUUUCUGUCCUUGCGACCAAUAUCAAAACUGUUUUUAAUUGGCGGCACGAGUGGCGCUGGAUAUGCUGUGUACAAUGGAACGACUCUUGAAGACAUUCAACAUGUUGGAGUUUUCAGAUUUGGGCGUGCCACUAUAGCUGUUGCGAAAAUUGUAUUAGACUAUAAAAUUUCAUUACGAAAUAUACCUCAACCAUCAGAAGAAUAUGAUUCGAGAAUAAAAGAGUGCCAUCAAAGAAGUGCGGAGAAUCUACUAGAACUAGCUCGGGUGAAUGGCGGCGUCUUUAUCAAGGUAUUUAAUAUAUUUGGAACUGCUUUGAAAAUAUUUAUAAUUACUGAAUAUACUAGAACACUAGGAGUUUUAAUGUCAAGAGCUCCACAAGCCACAAAAGAUGAUGUUAUUUAUGUAAUCGAGUCAGAAUUUAACAAAAAAGUUGAUGAUAUAUUCAGUGAGUUUUCCGAUAAACCAGUUGGAGCGGCAAGUUUAGCUCAGGUGCAUGUUGCUCGUUUGAAGUCGACAAAUGAAAAAGUUGCCGUGAAGGUUCAACAUAAACGUGUUUAUAAAAAUAGUAGGACUGAUAUGAAUACAAUGGAGCUUUUGGUUAAUAUCGCCGAUGCAGUUUUUCCCGAAUUUAAGUUAAUGUGGUUGGUGAAUGAGGUGAAGAAAAACUUGCCAAAUGAGCUCGACUUUCUUCAUGAAGCGAAAAAUGCCGACGAAGCUGCUAAACGGUUCAAGCAUUUGAAGUUUCUCAAAAUUCCAAAAAUCAAGUAUGAUUACACAACGAAACGUGUAUUAACCAUGGAAUUUUGCGAAGGUGCCCAAGUUGAUGAUAUUGAUUACCUUAAAAAGCACAAUAUCGAUCGUCACGACGUCUGUGCGAAAAUUGGUCGAACAAUUUCGGAAAUGAUUUUUCUCCAAGGUUACCUUCACUCAGAUCCACAUCCUGGAAACGUUCUCAUUAAUCAUCUGGGAAAAGGAAAAUACGAAAUCGUGCUUUUGGAUCACGGGUUGUAUCUUGUUAUCAGCGAUCAUAUCCGAAAGUUAUACUCGGAUUUGUGGCUUGCUAUUUUGAAGCCGGAUCUUCAAAAAAUCAGGACAGUCGCAUGUCAAAUGGGCGUUGGAGAACUUUAUGGACUAUUUGCUUGUAUCGUAACAAGACGAUCAUGGAAGUCGGUGACCAGUGGCAUUGAGAAAUCGGAAAUGGACAGCAAUGAGCAGAAUGAGCUACGAACAUAUGCCUCAUCUCUAAUUCCGCAAAUUAGUGACGUCUUGGCGCGAAUGCCCCGUGAAAUGCUUCUCAUCCUUAAAACUAACGAUUUAAUGCGAAACAUUGAGCACAAACUAAACGUGUUUGGUACCGGUGAUGCACAUUUUGAGAUGUGCCGAUGUGUUGUACGAAGCUCCCACGAAUUAUCAAUUCAACGAUCGGACAGCUCACUGGAAAAACUAAAGUUAUCGUUAAGCAUGUAUUGGUCCCUGUUUAAAAUCUGUGUAUUCCAAUAUUACUUGAGACUUAGGACAGUGUAUUUGUAG